AUGCUGCUGAUAAUAAUGCUCUUUUGCGGUUCUGCUGACUCGGUUGGCUCUUUUCGUUCGGGCACUCCCGCGAAAACCGCCAACAGGGUGCAAAUCGACUGCGCCAGCCGACAUUGCCAGCUUCAUUCGACGCCAGCACUGAAGGAAGCGAUUGAACUGCGCAACCGGCAUUUCUAUGAAAUUUCUCCUCAGCGAGCUGCGAAAUCCACAAUAAUCAUUUGGACGACUGAAUGA